AUGAAAGAGUUAUCUUUAGAAAACGAGGCGGAGAUAAUUUAUGAAUAUAUAACAUCUAUUGAAAAUGUUAUAAUAAAGUUUAAUAAUUAUAUAAAUAAAAAGAAGAAUCAAAAAAAUGUUAUUGAAAAUAAAGAAUUUUUAAAUAACGUUGUAUGGAAAUAUUUAAAUAAAUUGAUACCACCAAAAUUAUCUCUUCAUAUGAAAUGUGUACAGAAUAGAAAUUUUUACCAAUAUAUAUUUCUUUGUGCAUUUUAUCAUAUAAUUAUUAAAUAUAUAAUAUAUGAUCCGUUAUUUAUUAUACAAAGGGUUUUAGAAAAUACAAAUGAAGAUGAAGAAAAUUGUUUAUAUAAUAAAUUAAUUAAAUUUUGUAGAGAUAACAAUAUUGAAUUUAAAGAGAUAAAUAAUAAUUGUAUGAUUCAUAAUUCAACUUAUGAAAAAUUUUGUGAUAUUAUUUAUUCUUUUGGCAUUUUAUGCUAUAUUUAUGAAUUUUACACAUUUUUUAAGAUAAAAAAUAUAAAAAUUGGAAAAAAUGAAAAAUUAUCGUUAAAUUUUUUUAAUUGGAUUUAUGAUAUAAAAUAUACCAUUUUAAAAAAUAUAAAAACGAAUAAUAUAAAUAAAACAGAUGGUUAUUAUUUACAAAAUGAAGAAAAAAUUAAAAAUAAAUUAACUUGUAAUUAUUUUUUAGAAAAUGUAAUGAAGAUUUUUAUGAAUAAAAAUCAAAAAGAUAAUAAUUGGGAAAUUAUAAAAUAUAAUAAAGACAAUUUUUUACAUUCAGAACAAAUAAAAAAUUAUUUAAAUUUUUUUAAAUAUAAUUUUAUUAGUAUUAAGGAAACUAUAAAUAAAAGUCAUGAAUUAUUUGAAUUGGAAAAUUGGUGUGUAGAUAAUGAUUUUUUAAAUUAUAUGUUUAUAAAAAAAAAACAAAUAGAAGAAACAUUUCUAUUAUCUUGUGAUGCAAAAGAAUCAGAAAACUGUAAUUUUUUUUUAAACAAAUGUUAUAACAAUGAUGAGGGUAACAAUAGUACCUAUGAAGUUAUCAAACAGGAAAUGUGUGCUUACAAGCAAUAUAAAAAUAGCGAAAGUUUGGAAUGUUUGGAAUGUUUGGAAAAUUUGGAAAAAAUGAACGUUUUAGCAACUGUAAAUAAUGAAAAUGUAACGAAAAAAUCGAAUUUUGUCAAAAUGAAUAGUAUUAAAAAUGAAGAUGAUAAUAAAUCUGAGCAUUUUGAAUAUAUAAAACACCAUUUAAAUAGUUUGUAUGAAAAAAUGAAAAUAUUGAAGACAUCCAAAUUAUAUGUUGCUAUAUAUUUAUAUAUAAAUAAUGUGUUUGAUUUUUUUAAUAAUAAUAACGAUAAUAAUAGUAAUAGCAUUUUUAGUGGUAAUAAUAAAAAUGGGAACAAAAAUAAUAACAAUAAUAAUAAUAGAAAAAAAUACAAAAAAAUAAAUAAUUUUAACCUUGAUUUUAACGAAGAAUUACAAGAGAAUAGUCAAAAAAAUCAAAAAAACCAAAAAAAUCAAAAAAAUCAAAAAAACCAAAAAAAUCAAAAAAAUCAAAAAAAUGCUUCAAACAGUUGUAAUAAUAGUGUACAUAAUGAAAAUAAUUUAAAACAAAUAUUUUAUAUUUUAUUGUAUUUAGGAGAUAUGGUUGAUUUCAUUGUUCAUAAAAAAAAAUGCAUUGAUAAAAAAGAUAUAUUUAAUAAUUUAAAAAAAUAUAUAGAUACAGAAUUAUUUAAUUAUAAAACUGAUUUUGAAAAUGAAGAAAAUUUUAUAAGCGAAAUUAAAAAUAAAAAUGACAGUGAAUGUAAGGAGUAUCACAAAAUAUUCUUUACCCCAGCUAUUGGUUAUGAAGAAGAAUAUAUUUUUCAAAAAAAUGUGGAAAAUCAGCAUAAUGAAAAUGACACUAUUUUUUAUGCUAGCCAAAUUAAAUGUAACAAUUUAAAAGAAGAAAUGUAUUCGCUAGAUGGUAGUAUCGAAUCGGUAAAUGAUAGGGGAGAUAUUUGUAGACAAAUUGAAAAAAAUAAAGGAAAUAAUAAUAUAUCAUUAAAAUCAAAGUAUGUUAUUCAAAUUAAUAAUUUUGUGAAUGAAUAUAUAUAUAUGUUUAUAUCUUAUGUUAGUUUAAAUGUUACAAAAAUUGCAAUUUUAUUAAUAGAUAAAUAUAAUUUAACAAUACCAAAUAGCUAUUUAGAUAUAAGCUGUUAUGUUUAUAUAUGUAAUAAUAAUAAAAAUAAUUGUAAUCUUUUAUAUUUUAUAAGUAAAUAUAAUAUUCAUCAUUAUUUUUUUUUAAAUGAUAUUGUUAAUAAAGAUAUUAAACAUAAUUAUUAUAAAUAUAAUAAUCUUGAAAAUUUAGAAAUUCAUACUAAGCAAAAUGAAUAUAAUUGUAUAUAUAUAAAUGAUAUAGUAACUUUUAAAUACAUUCCAAAUCAAGUUCAAGAAUUAUAUACUAACAGAACAGAUAAAAAACUUAAACAUAAAAUAGAAAAAAGAUGUAUGAAUGAAACAUAUUAUUAUACUAGGCGUCAAAGAAAUUGUAGUCAAAAUAGUAAUAGAUAUAUGAAUCUGUAUGAUAAAGUGAAAAUACAACUUGAUGAUAAAUCAAAAGAAAAUAAUGUAAAUAUAUUAAAUAAUUCAAGUGAUAACAAAAUGAAUAUUUCAUUUUGUGAUAAAGAUGAAGAUAAUUAUAAUUAUUCAUAUUUAUCUACAUCUAUAAAAGAAGAAGAUUCUGUUGAUCAGAAUAAAAUGGAUAAUGUUAUAUCAGAUAAUUUAUUAACACAAAAAAAAAAAAAAAAUUUAGGAAUAGAAUAUAAUGAUUGUGAUAAAAAAGAUGAAAAUAUUUCUGCAAUUCAGAAUUAUUUUGAUGGAAAAAAUAAUAAAAUAAAUGAAGAAACUCAAUUUAUAAAUAUUCAUUUGGAUGAUAAAAUAAGGUGUGUAGAAUAUGAACAAUGUUAUAAAAAUAUUGAAGAAAUGAAAAAUAAGAGUGAUAAAUAUUCCAUAAAUGAUAAUGAAAUAAAAUUAUUACUUAACGAAGGAAAAGAAAAUGGUCAAUUUGAAACUCCUAAAAGAGAAGAUAUAAAUUAUAAAGGGAAUGAAAAUGGUAUAUUUAAUAAUAAACAAAUUAUUGAUCUAAAAAAUGGAAAAUGUAUAAAUGACAAAAAUAAUUUGGAUAAUCAGUGUGUUAAUUAUAGUACAUAUGAAAAUAGCAAUACGUCUUGUGAGCAUAGCAGCAAAAACUGCCCAGGUGGUAACAAUAGUAGCAGUUAUAAUAAUAAUAAAAAAAAUAGCAGUUAUAAUAAACACAUUAACAGUUAUAAUAGUAGCUAUAACAGUAGCUAUAGUAGCAGUUGUAACAACACAAAUAGUGAUAAAGUUGUAAGCGAAAAUAGUGUCCAAAGCAAUAUUAGCAACAGAAAUAGAAGAAUAUACUUGAGUGUGAAUAAAAUAAAUAAUAUAAACUUUUUAGACAAAUCUUUAUAUCCAAUAAAAUUAGAUAUUAAUAAUAAUUUACAAAUAAAUGAUUUAUUUAUUAAUGAUACAAAAGUUUCAAAUUGUAUAGAAUAUUGUAAAGGGGAUAAAACAUUAGAACUUGAAUUUAUUAAGCAAAAAUUAUUAAGUGGAAAUACAAAAUAUGCAAUAAAAUUAAUAAAAAUGUUUAAUUAUGAAUUAUUAGAAUUUCCAAAUUUAUUUUUAUAUUUAAAUUAUAAAUCUUAUAAUUAUUUAUUAAGUAAUUUUGAUAAAAAAUAUAUUAUUUAUUAUCUUUUUGAUAAUCCAAAAUAUUUGAAAAUGUAUUUUUAUUCAUUAUUAAAAAAAAAAAAAUUAGAACAUUGUUUAGUAGCACUAUAUUUUUUAUACCCAAAUUACAUAUCAUUUGAUGACACAUAUUUUCAAAUGUUUUAUUUUUUAUAUUUUAAAAAUCAGAAAAGUGAAAAGAUAAAUUAUAGCAAUGGCAAAUACUUAGAUUACAAUAGUGGCAUGUAUAUAGAUCAUAGCAGUGGCAAAAUGUUCAUAUAUGACCAUCAAAAUAAGAGAGCAUACGAUAACGAUUAUAGAAAUAUUAAUAAAAAAUAUUUAACAGCAAAUAACAUGUGUAGUCAUAUUAAUAAUUGUAACCACAUUUCAAAUGGGGAAAAUGAAUUUAGUAUUGGAAAUAUAAGAGAUUUAAACAAUGGGGUGUGGAAUUAUAAUAGUAUAUAUUAUUUUUUAAAAAAAGAUUGUAUAAUAAUAAAUGAAUCAUAUUUUAUGUUAAAAAAUGAAGAAAUGAUGUCAGAAGAUAGUAUAACACGAAAAAUAUAUAAAAUAUCAGAUAUUUUUAAAUAUUUUGAUAUUUUUGAAAAAUUUAAAAAAAUAAAUUCAGAAAUUAUUAAAAAUUCAUUUGAUUAUUUAGUUAAAAGAAAUGGAACAUGUUCAUGUCAUAAAAAAUUUAUUUGUAUUAAUGAUUUAGGAUCAUCUUUAAAAGAAAUAGUAAUAAUUGAAUAUUUUCAUGAUUUUUUAAUUUUAUAUGAAUAUAUAAAAAAAAAUGAAAAAAUAAUAUUCGUUGAUGCUGAAUGGAAAUGUGCAGUAUUUAGAGAAAACCCAAUUAUAUCAAUUUUUCAAAUUGCUUUAAAAAAUAGUAAUUUAUCAUAUAUAAUUGAUGUAAAAAAAAUCACAAUUGAAAAUUAUGAAAUUAAUUAUUAUAUAUCUGAACUUUUUAGGAAUGAUAAUAUUAUAAAAAUUGGAGUAGCAUUUAUAAAUAAUGAUAUGUUACAAUUUAAAAAAUUUUAUGAUAUUUUAAAUAUGUUAAAAUGUGAAAAAUAUAACAAGAUAUUAUUAAAAGAAAAUAAUAAUGACAAAAAUGUAAGUCAAGACAUUGAAAAUAAAUAUAAAUAUAAAUAUAAUACAAAUUCAAGUUACAAUAUAAAUGAUCAUACACAUAAUUAUAACAAUGAAGAGUUAUUAAAAAAAAUUAUGAGAAAUUUUUUUCGAAUGGAUAAAAAUUACAGAAAUGUGUGUAACAGUAACUAUUUUAAUAAUUACAAUAAUGGAAAUAAUUACAAUAAUGGGAAUAAUUAUAAUAAUGGAAAUAAAUAUAACAAUUUUGUAAAAAAAAAAGAAUAUGAUCAAAGGAAAAAUAUUUAUAAUUUAAAUGAUGAUAUAAGUUAUAAAAAUAUAUAUCCAGUUAAUUAUUUUUUAAAAUAUAAAAAUAAUACAGCUUUAAUUAAUAAACAUUUAAAUACAAAAUGUGAAGUAUGUAAUAAGACUGGUAUUUAUAGUUGUAUACAUAAAUAUUAUGAUUUAAAAAAUAUAUAUAAUAAAUAUUAUGAACAAUUAAAAAAUAGUUUUCCAUGUCUCAAAAAAAAUGCCACUCUUUCAGUUAAACUAUUUGGUAAAGCAUUAUUUCCAGACAAAGAUGUAAAUAAAGAAUAUCAAAUUAUAAAUUGGAAUUUUAGGCCCUUAUCAUUUAAAAGUUUAGAAUAUGCAAUUCUUGACGUUCUUAUUUUAAAAAAGUUUUAUAAUUUAAUUCAGUCAAAAUUAUCUUUUAAUAUUGACGAUGAUUUAUAA